UGCCUUCUUACAUAUCUGCUGGUUUCAUCGUCUCUACCAAGGUUUCCAACUGAGCACUGCAAUGGCAAGAGAAAGUUUUUCUCUAGACAAAGACGACACUGGGGAUGAAUUCUUGAAGGAGGCUUUUAAGAUAUUAAUGGAAGAGGCUAUCCAGAAUGGCACAGACAGAAACCAUAAGGUCUGCCAAUGGAUGGAACCAGAAGAGCUAAAAAGAGUUAUUGAUUUAAAACUACAGCAUGAAGGAGAAUCUCAAGAUGUUUUGUUGGGUUACUGCAAAAACAUUAUCAGGCUGAGUGUUAAAACAGGGCACCCACGAUUCUUCAAUCAGCUCUUCUCAGGGUUGGAUCGCCAUGCUUUGACUGGAAGGAUCAUAACUGAGGCCUUGAACACCAGCCAAUACACCUAUGAAGUUGCUCCGGUUUUUGUCCUGAUGGAAAAUGAAGUACUUAAAGCAAUGAGAAGCUUUAUAGGGUGGAAAACGGGAGAUGGGAUAUUUUGCCCAGGUGGCUCAAUUUCUAAUAUGUAUGCCUUGAAUGUGGCUCGAUUUCAGCGAUUUCCAGAGUGCAAACAGAAAGGAAUGCAUGAACUGCCCCGACUGGUGGUAUUUACAUCACAAGAGAGUCACUAUUCUGUCCAGAAGGGGGCAGCAUUUCUAGGCAUUGGAACAGAUAAUGUAAUCCUUGUGGAGACAAAUGACAGAGGGAAAAUGAUUCCAGAAGAUUUGGAACAUAAAAUACAGAAAAUAAAAAAUGAGGGUUCUGUGCCUUUCCUGGUAAGUGCAACUUGUGGGACGACUGUUUUUGGAGCUUUUGAUCCCCUUGAAGGAAUAGCUGAAGUGUGUAAGCAGCAUAGUCUAUGGCUUCAUGUAGAUGCUGCAUGGGGAGGCAGUGCCUUGUUAUCCAGUAAACACAGACACCUACUGAAGGGAAUAGAGAGGGCAGAUUCGGUGACAUGGAAUCCUCACAAAUUAUUAGGUGUUGGUCUGCAAUGUUCUGCUUUCCUCCUGCGGGACACAACUCAAAUACUAGAACAAUGUCAUUCAGCUAAAGCAACCUACCUGUUCCAAACAGACAAAUUUUACAGCCUGAAGUAUGACACUGGUGAUAAAUCAAUCCAAUGUGGUCGCCGAGUAGACUGCCUGAAACUCUGGCUAAUGUGGAAAGCACUUGGAUCCAAGGGGCUGGAGAGAAGAGUGGACAGGGUGCUGGAGCAUACAAGAUAUAUGGUUGAGGAGAUGAAGAAGAGAGAUGGCUUCCGCCUGGUUAUCGAGCCAGAGUUUGUGAACUUAUGCUUUUGGUAUGUUCCACCAAGCCUUCGAAACCAAGAGAAUUCCCCAGAUUUCUGGACCAGACUUGAAAAGGUGGCUCCAGUAAUAAAGGAAAGAAUGAUGAAGAACGGUUCAAUGAUGGUAGGCUACCAACCCCAUGGAAGCAGAGUCAACUUCUUCAGGCAGAUUGUUGUGAAUCCACAAGUGACCAAAGAAGAUCUAGACUUCUUCUUAGAUGAAAUUGAAAGGCUGGCUGUAGAUCUGUGAAUUAUCUUCUCACUUGAUAUGAUAAUAAUGUAAUACAUAUACACGGAAAGCAGUUCUUCCAUGGGGUGCUGAUGGAAUGGAUGGCCAACAUGGUCCACGUGCAAUGCCUCCUUUUUUAUGCAAGGUCCAGCAUUAUUGUAGUUGUGUCAUCUGAACUUUAAUAUAUAUAACUUAUAUUUACAUGAACAGGAAAAAAAACUGGAAAAAGUUAGAGGUACUAAGAUAUAGGGCUAUAAGGUUUGGAUUGGACAGACAUAGCUACCUGCAACACUGAAAAAGGAACCAAAAAAUUGUGCACUGGACUAAUAUC